AAGAACAAAGAUCAAAUAUCAAUAAAAAUGUCAAUAAAAACAAGAUCAAAAUCAAAAUAAACACAACAAAAGAGCAACAAAACGUGUCAAAAGGAAUAAUUUCAGCUCUGAGCGUCGAUCUCCUUGUAAAAUAAAAGUCUUCUGUCAGAAAUUCUCUGGUCUCCUUGAAGAAUCGCAGUAUCAGCACAGUAAUCCUCAGCAAAUGUCUCAGAAAUUCGCCUCUCCUCAAUCAACAGAUAGCGGCGAGUCUCGGUGUUUAUAUAUGGAGUCAAAUCAUAACACGCGUUGCUAUAGCAACCACAAUUUGAAUCGCCAAUCUGAAUCACGUGAGUAAACGAUUCAUCUCAUCUCAACAUAUAAAUAAUAAAUAAUUAAUAAUAAUAAUAAACAUAGUUAAAAUAAUAAUAAUUAUAAUAAUAAUAAUAAUGAAGUUUAAAUCAAUUAAUUUAUAAUUCACGAAACUGUAAUAAUAAUGCUAAAUGAGCAAGAUUGGUUUGACAAGGUUUGACUUUGUAAAAUGUACAGCUAUUUAGGAAUUAAUUAAAUUAAAAUAAUAAAAUUAACUCAUAUAUUUUCUAUUAGUGGCCCAAGCAAUGUAAGUGCAUGCUGUUUAAUUACACGUACAGUGCUAACUGCUCACGUAGAUAUUAGGAAUAUAAGUUAAAAAAAAGUUUAUUAUUGUAAAUAAUAGAAAGUAAAUUAAAUCGUUCACAAUUUCUAUGUCUAUGCCUAUAUUUUACAGUCUAUGGUCUACGCACGAUUUCAGAUCACAUGGCCGUUUGUAUCAUCAUCUGGCUUUUUAAGGGACUUUGUGUUCACUCAACGGCUAGAAAGCACAAAAGUUCACCUGCCGAAUGAGUUCCCGCGUCUGACCACAAGAUGGCGUCCACAGCAGAAAGAGCAAGAGUCUCCUUGUGCUGAACGGUUUAACAGCACCUCCACAUCACCUGCAUCAGAGUGUGUUUUCUGCUGGAAUCUGCUGUUCAGUGUGUGUUCGGUGUGUGUUCUCCUCUUCUCCAUCUGCGUCUACUGCCUCUGUCAGAAGAAAACUACAGGUCAUCAGCUAUUCGUAAAAAAUUCUAUGGUCUACGCACGAUUUCAGAUCACAUGGCCGUUUGUAUCAUCAUCUGGCUUUUUAAGGGACUUUGUGUUCACUCAACGGCUAGAAAGCACAAAAGUUCACCUGCCGAAUGAGUUCCCGCGUCUGACCACAAGAUGGCGUCCACAGCAGAAAGAGCAAGAGUCUCCUUGUGCUGAACGGUUUAACAGCACCUCCACAUCACCUGCAUCAGAGUGUGUUUUCUGCUGGAAUCUGCUGUUCAGUGUGUGUUCGGUGUGUGUUCUCCUCUUCUCCAUCUGCGUCUACUGCCUCUGUCAGAAGAAAACUACAGGUCAUCAGCUAUUCGUAAAAAAUUCUAUGGUCUACGCACGAUUUCAGAUCACAUGGCCGUUUGUAUCAUCAUCUGGCUUUUUAAGGGACUUUGUGUUCACUCAACGGCUAGAAAGCACAAAAGUUCACCUGCCGAAUGAGUUCCCGCGUCUGACCACAAGAUGGCGUCCACAGCAGAAAGAGCAAGAGUCUCCUUGUGCUGAACGGUUUAACAGCACCUCCACAUCACCUGCAUCAGAGUGUGUUUUCUGCUGGAAUCUGCUGUUCAGUGUGUGUUCGGUGUGUGUUCUCCUCUUCUCCAUCUGCGUCUACUGCCUCUGUCAGAAGAAAACUACAGGUCAUCAGCUAUUCGUAAAAAAUUCUAUGGUCUACGCACGAUUUCAGAUCACAUGGCCGUUUGUAUCAUCAUCUGGCUUUUUAAGGGACUUUGUGUUCACUCAACGGCUAGAAAGCACAAAAGUUCACCUGCCGAAUGAGUUCCCGCGUCUGACCACAAGAUGGCGUCCACAGCAGAAAGAGCAAGAGUCUCCUUGUGCUGAACGGUUUAACAGCACCUCCACAUCACCUGCAUCAGAGUGUGUUUUCUGCUGGAAUCUGCUGUUCAGUGUGUGUUCGGUGUGUGUUCUCCUCUUCUCCAUCUGCGUCUACUGCCUCUGUCAGAAGAAAACUACAGGUCAUCAGCUAUUCGUAAAAAAUUCUAUGGUCUACGCACGAUUUCAGAUCACAUGGCCGUUUGUAUCAUCAUCUGGCUUUUUAAGGGACUUUGUGUUCACUCAACGGCUAGAAAGCACAAAAGUUCACCUGCCGAAUGAGUUCCCGCGUCUGACCACAAGAUGGCGUCCACAGCAGAAAGAGCAAGAGUCUCCUUGUGCUGAACGGUUUAACAGCACCUCCACAUCACCUGCAUCAGAGUGUGUUUUCUGCUGGAAUCUGCUGUUCAGUGUGUGUUCGGUGUGUGUUCUCCUCUUCUCCAUCUGCGUCUACUGCCUCUGUCAGAAGAAAACUACAGGUCAUCAGCUAUUCGUAAAAAAUUCUAUGGUCUACGCACGAUUUCAGAUCACAUGGCCGUUUGUAUCAUCAUCUGGCUUUUUAAGGGACUUUGUGUUCACUCAACGGCUAGAAAGCACAAAAGUUCACCUGCCGAAUGAGUUCCCGCGUCUGACCACAAGAUGGCGUCCACAGCAGAAAGAGCAAGAGUCUCCUUGUGCUGAACGGUUUAACAGCACCUCCACAUCACCUGCAUCAGAGUGUGUUUUCUGCUGGAAUCUGCUGUUCAGUGUGUGUUCGGUGUGUGUUCUCCUCUUCUCCAUCUGCGUCUACUGCCUCUGUCAGAAGAAAACUACAGGUCAUCAGCUAUUCGUAAAAAAUUCUAUGGUCUACGCACGAUUUCAGAUCACAUGGCCGUUUGUAUCAUCAUCUGGCUUUUUAAGGGACUUUGUGUUCACUCAACGGCUAGAAAGCACAAAAGUUCACCUGCCGAAUGAGUUCCCGCGUCUGACCACAAGAUGGCGUCCACAGCAGAAAGAGCAAGAGUCUCCUUGUGCUGAACGGUUUAACAGCACCUCCACAUCACCUGCAUCAGAGUGUGUUUUCUGCUGGAAUCUGCUGUUCAGUGUGUGUUCGGUGUGUGUUCUCCUCUUCUCCAUCUGCGUCUACUGCCUCUGUCAGAAGAAAACUACAGGUCAUCAGCUAUUCGUAAAAAAUUCUAUGGUCUACGCACGAUUUCAGAUCACAUGGCCGUUUGUAUCAUCAUCUGGCUUUUUAAGGGACUUUGUGUUCACUCAACGGCUAGAAAGCACAAAAGUUCACCUGCCGAAUGAGUUCCCGCGUCUGACCACAAGAUGGCGUCCACAGCAGAAAGAGCAAGAGUCUCCUUGUGCUGAACGGUUUAACAGCACCUCCACAUCACCUGCAUCAGAGUGUGUUUUCUGCUGGAAUCUGCUGUUCAGUGUGUGUUCGGUGUGUGUUCUCCUCUUCUCCAUCUGCGUCUACUGCCUCUGUCAGAAGAAAACUACAGAUGCUGCAACAGAUCAAAAAGUCCAACUGCAAAGAAGAAAUACAGUUGAGGGUGAAGAUGAAGAGGUGUGCUAUGCGUCUUUAGAUGUAAAGACCAGAGGACAAAAACAACGCAAGACAAAGCGAGUGCAGUGUUCAGACUUCAGUACAUAUGCUCAGGUCAGAACAGAAACUGAAUAGAGCUAAAAAAAACAACAACUGAAGUGCAUUCAGGGAUGUAAAAUGUACUCAAAACUAUUCUCAAGUAAAAAUGAAAAUAAAAAAAAAAUAAAGUAAUUUGUCGGACAGAAAUACAAAGCUUUUAUUUAAACAGGAAAACAAACAAACAAAAAAUAAUGUCAAAGAUCAAAAACAUCUAUCAAAUGCAUAAAAAAACGAUUAAAAUGCAGCCGAGUGCAAGACAGCAUCACUCUAAAAGAAGUGUUAUUGUACAGUGUGGGCCAUUAAUAUGGAUACACGUUAAUAAAAUGGGAAUGGUUGGUGUUAUUAAUGUCCUGUUUG